CUCAGCCAGGGGCUCCGUCGUCGGCCGGCAUGGCAGAGGGCGCCCUCUCGGGAGGCGGCAGCCCGGCUUCCAGACCCCGAAUCAUGGCGGGAAGAGGAGCAUCAGGAGCAGGAGGCAAGAGCCGCUCUCUGCCCACGCCGUCCUCCUCGCCUUCGCUCCUCAGGAAGCAGCAGCACAACCGCAGCCCAACGCCGCCGCCGCCUUCAGCGUCUCCCAAACAGCAGCAGCAGCAUCAACCCGCGUCUCGUGUGAACGCGCCCCACGGACACGCGUUCAAGCGGGUCACCCUCACCAAGCCCACUUUCUGCCACUACUGCACCGAUUUCAUUUGGGGGCUGGCGGGGUACCUCUGCGAAGUUUGCAAUUUUAUGUCUCAUGAGAAGUGCCUGAAGCAUGUGAAGAUACCAUGUUCAUGUGUUGCUCCAAGUCUUGUAAGGGUUCCAGUUGCACAUUGCUUAGGACCUCCGGGACAUUAUAAAAGAAAAUUCUGUGCUGUGUGCAGGAAGCCGUUAGAGUCUCCAGCAUUUCAUUGUGAAGUGUGUGAGUUACAUGUACAUACAGAUUGUGCCCCAUUUGCUUGCAGUGACUGCCGUCAGUGCCAUCAAGAUGGUCAUCAGGAUCAUGAUACAUACCAUCAUCACUGGAGAGAGGGAAAUCUUCCUUCAGGUGCACGUUGCAAAGUCUGCAAGAAAACAUGUGGCUCUUCAGAGGUGCUCUCGGGUAUGAGAUGUGAAUGGUGUGGUGUUUUGGCUCAUGCUGCUUGCUAUGUGAUUGUACCUCCAGAAUGUACAUUUGGAAGGCUAAGAAGCAUGAUUCUUCCUCCAAACUGUGUGCACUUAUAUUCUCGCAACUUCAGCAAAAUGCACUGUUUUCGAAUAUCAGAAAGCUUACAAACAGAAACAGAUGAUGACGACGACGUUGAUAGUGCAACACAAUUAUCACAGAAAGAAUCACAGGUUUCAAAUGACUCAAGCAAGCAAAUAUUAAAAAUAUAUGAUGGGAAUGAUGCAGUAAAACGCAAUCAGUAUCGUCUUAUUACAGUUCCAAGGAUUUCAAAAAAUGAAGAAGUUGUGGAGGCUGCCUUGAGGGGUUACUACAUCAGUGAUGAUCCACAAGAUUAUGAGCUUCAAACAUUCACUCAGCAGGGCUUGUUUUGUGAUGACAUAAUUAAUAGGAAUGAUACUACAGAAGACACACAACCAGGAUCUGUAUUUCGAGAAGCUGUUCCUGAAGCUUGGAUUAUCAGAGCCAAACCUAGGGACAAUGAAGUCAUAAAAAUUUAUCCUGGUUGGCUGAAGGUUGGGAUGGCCUGUGUGUCAAUACGGAUAAAUAAGGAAAGCACUACCCAAACAGUAAUUAAAGAAGUUCUCCCACUGCUUGGAUACCAGUUGGAAAGCUUCCAGAAUUUCAGCUUGGUAGAGUUUCUUAUGGGUUCCAAGCAAGUUCAACGAAUGGUGCUGGAUGAUCAGGAACUAAUUAUUGACAGAUUCCAAGACAUAAGAAAGACUUCACUACGUCAGAUGAAUCAAACAAGAUUUUACAUUGUAGAAAAAAAUGUAUCCAGUGUGCGGGUACAUUUGUUUAUUGGUGGUCUGCCACCUCAUCUCUCUAACGAAGAAUAUACAAACAUCCUCAGAGAUGAAUUGGCCAUUAAAACAAAUGUAGUUUCAGUGAGUCACAUAUAUUCAUCUCAAGGUGCUGUUGUCCUAGAAAUUUCAUGCUUUGCUGAAGCUGAAAGACUAUAUAUGCUUGCUAAGGACACCACUGUUAAUGACAAGCCAUUAUCUGCAGUGGUCAUUCCUGAAGUUCAGCCAGCCAAGCUGCCACAGAACUGCUGUCCGUUGCUAGUAUUUGUGAAUCCAAAAAGUGGAGGCCUUAAAGGCCGGGAUCUGCUGUACAGUUUUAGAAAAUUGCUGAAUCCUCAUCAAGUCUUUGAACUAACAAAUGGAGGUCCACUGCCUGGGUUUCAUACAUUCUCCCAUAUUCCAUAUUUCCGAAUAUUAGUGUGUGGCGGUGAUGGCACUGUUGGUUGGGUUCUUGGUGCACUUGAAGAAAUCAGGCACAAACUUGUCUGUUCAGAACCAUCUGUGGCUAUUUUGCCUUUAGGAACAGGUAAUGACUUGGGUAGAGUGCUGCGCUGGGGUGCUGGAUACAGUGGUGAAGAUCCGUACUCCAUCCUUGUAUCUGUUGAUGAGGCUGAUGAUGUGCUUAUGGAUCGUUGGACCAUCCUUUUAGAUGCUCAAGAGCCCAUUGAAAGCUCAGAAAAUGGUGUGUUAGAGCCUGAGCCUCCUAAGAUUGUACAGAUGAACAAUUACUGUGGCCUUGGAAUCGAUGCAGAACUGAGUCUAGGUUUUCAUCAUGCCAGGGAAGAAGAACCAGACAAGUUCAAUAGCAGGUUUCACAACAAAGGUGUCUAUGUAAAGGUUGGAUUGCAGAAAAUGAGUCACACCAGAAAUCUUCAUAAAGAAAUAAAGCUUCAAGUGGACCAGCAUCAAGUUGAGCUUCCAAAUAUUGAAGGCCUUAUCUUCAUUAAUAUUCCCAGUUGGGGAUCUGGUGCUGACCUUUGGGGGUCUGAUAAUGAUAACCGGUUUGAGAAACCAAGAAUUGAUGAUGGCUUGUUGGAAGUUGUUGGUGUCACUGGAGUAGUUCACAUGGGACAAGUCCAAGGGGGCCUACGUUCAGGCAUCCGGAUUGCCCAAGGUUCCUACUUCCGUUUAACACUCCUGAAACCAAUUCCUGUUCAAGUAGAUGGAGAGCCUUGGAUCCAGCCUCCUGGCCAGAUCAUUAUCUCUGUAGCAGGACCAAAGGUUCACAUGUUAAAGAAAUCUAAACAGAAACAGAAGAAAACUGGAAAUGUAAAAGAGUCAAGAAAUGAGAACAUGUCAGUCAAUGAAGUGGGGCGCUGAUAGAUGAAGAUAUCUGCAGCAGAAAUACAGCACUUCUACGGUAGAUGAAGUGGAUCUGCCUGAUAAAACUGAAUACAGUUCAGGUUAAGAAGCAUUGCUUAUGAGACUACUGUAAUAAUUCCAUUUUGUUGUACAGUGCCUAUCCAUUGGCUAACAUGAGAUAUGUUUAUGCAUCACAAAUUGAUUAGAGAUAUGUGCUUUACAUAGCCUUUCCACAAAACAUUAACCAAUUUUUGCUUUGUGCAAAAAAAAUGAAUAAAGUAGUGAUCCCAAUGUACUGUGCUUUUUAAUGCAAUUUUUCCAUCUUUUCUUCCCCUGGGAAUCACUUGUUUUAUGAAAGUAAAUUUUUAAUCCCUCUUUAGAAAAUAUACAUGCUAAUGUUUCCUGUGUAAGUGUUAAGUUAGCCCAGCCUUCUCCAGAGGAAAAUACAUUUAGGGAAGAGCUGACAGUUGGUAAUUUUAUGUUACUUAUGAUUUGUGCAAUAUUUCUCUAAGUGGGAUAAAGGCAAAUUGAUUUAAUCCAGUGGCAUAACCCAUCCGACACUCCACCAGAGGCAUUAUUUGCCCCAAUGUUCCUGGUCGUGUCAGAUCAAGGCAGUCCCUUCCAAGAUGGCACAUAGAAAGAUGCAGCAGCUGGCUUCUCUCCAUGUCUGCAGUGCCCACAUUACUCUUGCUCCCUUGAUUGGAUGCCUUGUAGCCCGCAUAUCAGAGAGGUGAUGGGGAAAGACCAAGUAGAACGCUCUUGGACAGAGUGUCACCAUCCACAGGGAUAGCUCUGCAGGCAUUGCAUCCCAAUAUUUAGUUUAUUAAGAUUGUUGUUGAUAUUAGUGCUUGUAUGUCAUCAACACUUUCCUUUUCCACACUACUAAAUGAAACCCUUUGGCGGGAGGAUAGAAUAUCUUGCCUUAAUCUUAUCUAUUUUUAUACUACACACUACAAGCUUUUGGUUUUCCUCUUCUUGCUUCUAAUUUCAUGUCCUAAAAUUCUUCUUUUAACAUACACUUACUAGACUGUUGUUGACAAACGAAACACUAAAUCUAGGAUUUACAACUAUAGCACAAUAUGUUAAACUUGCCUAUUUUAGCAUUAAUUGUAUUCAGUACUGAUUUACUUAGUGGAAGUAUGUUUUAUGUUUUUCUGUACUGAAGAAUAGUUCAACACAGAGUAAUAUAAUUUAGGGGCUGUACAGAUUGGAAAAAAGGAGCAGACUACCCCUACAUGGCUUUAUAGGGAGUUAAAAAAAGGGGAGGGGGAGACACAACAUGCAAGAGGACAGCUGUGCCGGAAACAACAUUAAGAAAAAACCCCAACCCCUCCAUGGGGCGGUUUUGAGGGAGGCCCAGCCAGAAGGCUUGCUUCCACUAGCGGCUGCCUUGUCUCCAGAGUGACCCAGUGGUACAUAUCAGAUCGCUGUCCGGUUUCGUCACAAUGCUAGACAUUCCUGCAGCCAAAGAGAAUGGCCACUCUAGGGCUCACCAUAAACUACUGUUAAGUGAAUUGAGAGUUUACUUUCAAUUGAAUUUCUUACUAAGUAGAAGCCUGUGGAAGCAGAUGUUCUGUCCAUUGCACACAGGGAGAUGAGGACUGUGUUAGUUAAUGCUUACCUUGAAGCCUGUGUAUGCAGAGCCCAGUGUUGAUUAUGAACAAAAUCUUGGUGCAGUCAGCGCCAACUCCAUUUUACUACACCACUGUUUUGGUAUCCGCAGGGGGUCCUGGAACCAAACCUCAGCAGUUUAACAAGGGCCUACUGUAUUGUGCUGGAUAUCUCUUGUCCUUUGGUUCUGUCUGCAGGACCCUUUAGGACCCUUUGUAAAUGUGGAGCCCACUUCAUGGAUGUCAGAGGGACAUGGUAGGGAUGAGACAUCUGUUCAAAUUUGCAGUCUCUUACUGAGCUGAAUAGUAUUUAUAUCACUUCCAAUUUUUUCAGGAUUCAUGCUCACAGGAGCUUUGCAACCACCUAAACAUAGUUACACAGCUGUCUUUACACUUUUACAUGACUGACUGCUGAGUGAUUGGGGAUAUUGGAGGAUAGGAGUUAUUUGCCUGUCCCAUUUCAGCCCUACACAUGCUCAGGCAAACUCCUAACAAGGCUUCCAUUUGCUCCUUGAACAGGCUAAUCUACAACCCCUUUAAGCUGAAACAGCAAGGGCCAAAGUACUAAUUGUGGUAGAGAUCUGUGAUCAGAUUACAAGUUUUUCACAAGUCAGACCAGUUAAAGCAGCAGAUCUGAGUGGUGCUGGGGAAGGUGGGUUAACCCUCCCUCUACAGUGUUUCCUCACUUGAAACCAUGGCUCUCAUUUUGUUGAUCUCCAAGAAAAUGUAAAGCUAAUGGGUGCAUAUCUGUAUGAAUCCAUGUAGUUCAGGCAGGAUAGGUUGUGAAUGAGAGUUGACUGGAAUAGGUACUGCAUUCAUUGCAGUUUGGCUUUAAUUCUGUGUUGAAUGUAAAGCUGUUGUUUGCAUUGCUUACAGCAGCACAACUUUAAUGCAUUUUUGACUAGCAGUUUGAUGUUUACAAGGUGGUGACUGUUGAUUGUAAACUUCCGUAUCAGUGCAUUGACUGCAUCGGUUGGAAGGCUUCUCUGUCUCCUUGCUUAUGAAAAUAAAAAUAGAAUAGUUGCCUUUCUUGAUCCAGCCUUCUAAGUACAACCCUUCAAAGCUAUAAAGUGUGGCUUUUGACUUGUAAUGAGCAGUUUGUAGCAAGAUAGAUAUUGAAUAGAGUAUUUCUAACACGAAGGUUUAUAUUUUCUGAAGAUAAUUUAUAAGGAAGGUUUUAUAUGCAAUUAUUGUAGUGUUAAUGUAAAUGUCAAUUCAGAUAUGCAUCAUAUAAUCUAAUAUAAUAACAAAGAAUAUAUUUUCAAAAUUUCUCCCACCCCUGGGUUAAUAAAAGGUGUCUAUAACUUCCUUCAAUGCUGCAUUUUCAUUUCUGGCAAUAUUGUAAGCAUCUGAGCACAGCACAUGUCAAGCCUACUACACAGAUGAUUGUUUCCAUACAGGAAAUGUGCAUCCUGCACAUACAUGGAGUUGCAUAUUGCAUCCAUGUCAGUUUUCCUGUGUGUAAACACACACGUUGGAAGCUCUGAUCAACAGCAGUUUGCAUGACUAAUAACUUGUCAAAGUACUUGUGUGCUGGCAAAAAUGACUGUAAUGUGCUCAGCCUAUGCAUUAUUUCCUGUAUGGAAAAUAUUUGGCAAGUUUGAAGUAGUCCUGUUUCAUCAGGAGAAAAACUGUUCUUGUGGAAUAUGUGGCUUUAAUUGUAUGCAGUAAUUGUAUGCGGACCAUGCUUUGUCUUUCACAUAUAUCUACAGUACAUGCAGAAGUUCUGCUUAGUUUUAACUUUUCCAUGCUAUGUAUAUAUUUAGCUCUGCCAGUUUCUCUCAAGUCAGUGAUUUUCAAACUGGCUGGACGCUUAAAUCUCAGUAUCGCUCUGCGUGGAUAGAUUAGAACACACCCAUACAAGUAACCAAUUGCACAGCAAUCCCCAAGUUGUUUGUCUUGAAAGUUUGUUUGUUUCCUGUGUUAUCUUCUGGAGGGGAACACAUUUUAUUUUAGCAAUCUAUGGGUUCCAUAGAACAGUUUGAACCACAGCUCAGUGGGUUAAUCCUUACUAUACCACAACUUUACAUUGUCAUUCUUGGUUUUCAUUUUUAAAGGUGUGUUUAUAAUAAAUUGGUCUGAAAUAGCCUUUCUGGAAUUUAUUUACUCCUUGCAAAUCCUAACCAGAGCUGUACAAGUAAGGCACAAAUAAUAUGUCAGUGCUCCAUAAAUCAAGGAUUUCUCCGUUUCCUCAAAACAAGAUCAAAUAAAUAAAUAAAUACUUAUGACAGAGUAAAAUAAUUCUGAUUUGGCAUAUAAAUCAUUAAACAUAAAGGAAAUUGUACUCAUUUUUUUCUGUAAGUAAUAAAAAGAUCUCUAGAAACAGUCUAGCUUUAAUUAAAGUGAAAUAGGAGCUAACUUAGUAGAACUGUAAAGUUCAUAUUGUAUCUACCACGCUGCACAAAUCUUUCGUAUCAGUUUCUCUGUGCUAACCUCCCUCAAAGAAUCCUCAGAACCAUAUUUGACGAGGGGGCUGAGCAUACUCUGCUAGAAGUCCUUCACUUCCCCACAAAUAUAGUUCCCAGGUGCCUUGAGGGAAGAGGAGACAGAUGGGUAAUUUGGGUAAGACUGGGUAUUUUGGGUAAGGUGAUGUUAGGCCAGCUUUCCUAGGGGUGCAGAUGGGGUAGAGUAGAAUGACAUCAAAUAAUUUUCAAAGGCUAAAUACCAUCUCUACUAGAAUGGUUAUUUCUUUAACUGAUUAUGGUUUUAAAACAUUUGCACUCUUGCUCUUCUCAGUUGUAGCAAAUGCAGCAUUCUCAUAUUCAAGGAUGCACCAUUGUGGAAGUUCCAGACUGAGAGGACAAGCCAGAUUGAGCAUUACAGCAGGGAUAGGGAAUACCUGUCCCUCCCCUGAUGUUCUUGGACCACCCUCAGGAGCAUACCAACAUCAGGAGGGUCACUUGUUUCCAAUCCUGCUGUAUAACCAUCAGAAUAGCCCCACUAAACCUGAAAGCUGAAGUGACACAUGAGAGCUUCUGGCCCAGAGUACCUUCUUCUCCCUUUUAGCUUCUACGUUGCCUGGUCUGCUUUAGGAGAGAUCCUGUUGUAGUCCUUUCCUAAUACUAAAAUUGAAUUAGCAGCCCUAUUCACAGAGUCUUUGGUGGGUUUCAUGUGUAAUUAUAGCUCUUCACAUGCCAAAGAGACGGCUUAGACUGUAGAGUAAGCUUUGAAGGGGACUUGGGUAUACAACAAAAUUGUGAAACACUGAGUUUAGACUUUGCAUGGAACUAGAGUCUUUAGAUAAGCUAAGCAAUAUUUAGUAGCAAAGACCAUUUAAAAACAUUCUUGAUUAUGCCACAGCGUAAGGCAAAGCUGGUCACCUGGAAUGGUUUGCCUCUUGUGUAGUGCUUAUUCUUUGCAAUAUGUGCGCUUAACAAUUUGCUCAAGAACAACUGU